GGUGGUGGUAGUAGAAGGAGCGAGCGAACGAGAGAAAGAGAGAAAGAGUGGGCAAAAGAGGAGAGGAAAGAGAGACGUGUAGAAUGAUUCGGGUCUACGGACACGCUUGCGUCUCGCGACGGUUCGUGCUGUUCCGCAUCCGCAGCCACAGCCACCGCCACCGCCACCGCCGCCGCCGACACUGCCAGUGAAAAUCGUGUGAACGCGCGUGCGAACGAGGGUGGUUUUUUCGAUAAAAAGGAAAACGUUUACGAAUGAUUCCGUCCUCUCGCGAUACAUAGAAAAUACGUGUGCGCCGCUCCGUCUUCUUUUCCUCUCUCUCUCUCUCUCUCUCUCUCUCUCUUUCUCUUUCUCCCUCUCUUUCUCUUUCUUUCACUCACUCACUCUCUCUCUCUCUCUCUCUCUCUUUCUCUCUCGUUCCUUCCGCGGAAAGAGAUCCUCCUCUUACGGACGGUAGUACGCGCGAGGAGGAAGGGAACGUUUGUGCACAGUGAAGUGACGCUUUGGUGUGUUAGAAUAUCGAGCGUCGCGUUGACCGCUACGAAUUUUCUCUCUCUUUCUCUCUCUUUCUCUCUUUCUCUCUUUCUCUCUAUCUCUCUUUCUCUCUCGGAAGUCCAAACGGAAAUCUCACACGCGAUAAUGGCGUACUUUCCGACAUUCCGAUGUUUUUUUCUAAAGAAGUUGUGUCGAUUCUUUUGAAUGAUAAAAAUGCUCGUACGUUGCGCCUUAUUCGAGUUCUCUAACCUCGAGAGUUCGGAAUGCAAUAAUACCGGAGGAUGUGAUAGGGUCAUCAUAUUUAAAAGCUACUACGACUACUUUCUUCUUACGCUCUCUUGUAAUAUUUUCUCCUCCACCUUCUCCUCUUCCUCCUCCUCCACCUCCUCCUCCUCCUCCUCCUCCUCCUCCUCCUCCUGUUCUUCUUCUUCUUCUUCUUUACCCUUAUUGCCGCUUACAAAGUAUAUGAUUUUGUUCGUUCGACCAGCAGAACGACUACCUUUUCAUCUAUAUUAUUUUGGAUCUAUUGGCCUAUCACCAGAGAGCAAAACAGAGACACAAAAAUGGGCACGCUACUAGCUAUAAAAGAGAUUUCACAAUACUCUCUUAAGCCUGAAAUGGAGGCGAAGAGUCCUGCUGCGUAGACAUGGACUCGUACGACCUGUUUGGUGAAGAUGUCAGUGGCUCAAUGCUCGAUGCUCUUCCUGAUCUUGGGGGGAACGAUCAUUUUGACCCUGCGAGUACAAGUAAUUCUGUGGUAGUAUCAAGAGAUGGUCCAAACCCUGGCACUAAUGGAGGAGGGAGUUACAUUAGUCAAUCUUAUAUUUCACAAGAAUCACCUCUUCAAAAAUUGACUUCAUUUGGUGGAUCUGAAUUUGGAAAUUCUAAUCAGUUACAAAAUCCAUCUCAACGCAGUAUGUUUAACCAAAAUCUAGGAACGUUUGAUAGCGGAACACCACAACGUGCUAUGGUGCCAGGAGCUUUUCAAAAUCAAGCUCGUAGUAUGGCACCUCAGCAUAGAGGACCUCACCCUGGUAGUGGAGGUCAAUAUCCUACUUAUAAUGAUAAUAUGUAUUCUAUGGAACAGCAACAUUCAAUGGCUAGACCUAAUAUGAAUAUAGACCCUAAUAUGCAGGGUUGGCCAAGUAGUGGUAGUGCUUAUCCUCAAAUGCAAAGGCAUUAUAAUCAGAUGGCACAGCAACCUGCUACUUAUCGGCAGCAUAUGCCACCUCAGUAUUCGCAUCAGCAAGAUCAAGCUGGUGUCAUGAAUCAAAAAUUACAACAGCAGCAACAACAGCAGCAGCAGCAACAGCAGCAUUUUAGUACACAACAAGGAAUGAUAGGAAAUAUGGGAGUAGCAGCUCACCAAGCAAUGCAAAGUGGUGGAACAGGCAGUGUCUACCAACAUAUUGUUGGGCAGCAACAACAUUACCAACAAGGGAAUUCUGUUGCAAUGUAUCAAACUUCGUCAGGGUAUCCUGGUUUUACAUCAGCCAUGCAUCAACAGCAGCAACAAUCACAACAACCUCCACAAAGAAUGCCUCAUCAUCAUCCACCUCAUCCACCUCAUCAAACACACCCUUCGCAUCCCCAGCAAUAUUCACAACAUUCGCAGCAUCCUAAUACGCAACAGCAACCAAUGGAUUCUCAGUAUCCACAUCAUACAGCCAUGUUUAAUCAGCCGCAGCAUUCUGGUCCUGCGGCACAAUUUAAUACUAAUAAACAUGCUACCAGUCCUCAAUAUCGUGCUACUUUUCCACAAUUAUCGCCCCAAAUGUCUCCAAGACCUCAGAUGUCUCCAAGACCACCCGCUGUGCAACAGCAAAUGUCUCCAAGGCCCAUUAUGUCUCCUGCUAAACCGAGUACAUUAUCGCCGCAUCCUCAUGUACAACUUCCUCAUCAACAAUCAAAUCAGCCUAAUACAAUGUCAGUUUCUCCAUGCCCACCAUCUUCAAUGCAGAUGAAUCCAUCCUCUCAACAAACCACUUUACAAGCACUUGAGCAAAUGGUAAUACCAGGUGUUGCUGUAUCUAAUCCAAAUGUACCUGCUCAAGACUAUAAUCAAUUUCAAACACGACCGCCAUUGUCGCAAGCACCAAAUGUUUUACAACAGUCAACUGCACAAAACUCUAUACCGUCAAUUGCUGGACCUAGAAUGCCAAUGUCUGCACAGUGGUCGCAUCCACAACAGCAGUCACAGGUUAGGCCAAAUUUGGCUGUCAGCGAUGACAGAAAUAUAGUUGAAAAUCAACCUCCAGUAGUAUCAGAAUCUAGUGCUCCAUUAUUUCCAGUAUCUGGAACAGAAGCUAUUCAUAGUGGAGCAGAAACAUCAGUAAGAGAUUCUACAGAAAAUGUACCAAAUUCUACAGAACAAUCUACACAAGGUACUGAAUCUAUAGAUCAGUCUACCCAAAAUCAAAAAUCAGAUAUGCUUGGUUCUGGCAGUGAAAGUUCAGUGCAAACUACUUCACAAAGUAAUUCGAAUUUAGAUCAUACUCCUGCAUCAUCGACACACGUGCAGAUGGAAGCAGUACAAUCUUCUGCAACGUCUAGUACAAGUGGAAAUGUAGACUGUGGAAACGUGUCUUCGUUGCAGCAGCAACAGUCUGUCACAGGAACACUUUCUACUACAGUUACUAGUAUGGAAAAUCAAGUUACAUGUGAUGCAAAACAACAUGAUCAGACUAUGGAAAUUGCUUCUGUUCAACAUCAUCAAGCAUCCAUGGGAAAUACAAUGUCACAUCCACAACAGCCUGUAAUCAAUCAAACUCAACAGCAGCAGCCACAACAACAACAACAGCAGCAGCAACAACAACAGCAACAACAACAGCAGCAGCAGCAGCCUCAAGCUCAACCUCAAGUUCAAGCUCAACCUCAAGUUCAGUCUCAGUCUCAGCCUCAGCCUCAGUCUCAGCCUCAGCCUCAAGCUCAAGCUCAAGCUCAAGCUCAGCCUCAAGUUCAGCCUCAGCCUCAGCCUCAACCUCAACCUCAAUCUCAAACACAACCACCAGCAUUACCACAACAACAACAACAACAACAACAAGUACAACAACCAGCUCUUACUUGUCCUCAACAAGUGCAGCAAAUUCCAAUAAUAAAUCAAUCUCCAAUGGUUUCGUCGCAAAAUUCAUCAAUCCAACCAGCACAAAUACAGCAACCCCAAAUGGGACAAACACAACAAACGCCAAUUACUCAAACGGCGCCAGCAGCACCAUCUCAACAACCACCACAACCAUUGCAAACACUGGGUCCAACUCAACAAUCUCAAAUGGCACAACCACAGCAACCAGUAAUGAGUCAAGCUCAGCAACCUCAACAAUCUCAAAUUCAACCAACACAACAACCACAAUCACAAAUGGGACAACCAUCUCAACAAAUCCCAGUUUGUGUGACUCAAGCACAACAAGUACAGCAGUCUCAACCGAUUAUGAACCAACAAGUAGGAAUGAUAUCACAAAGUACGCCGAUGAUAUCGAAUCAAAUUCCUCUACAAACUCAACUACAAUCUCCAAUACAAAAUUCCUCUACACAAAUACAAUCUCAAACUAGCCAAGUUCCACCUACGCAUUUAGCUGCUCAACAAGUACCUGCUGUCAGUCAAACAAGUGGUAUGGUAUUGACAUCUCAUCAACCCACAGCUCCUGUGUCAAAUUCACAAACUCCACAUCCAGUGCAAUCCAAUUUCACUGAAUAUACAAAUAUUCCAAAAACUAAUACCAUGUACACAAAUGAUGUUAUGGUAGCAUCAGGACAACAAUAUCAUUCUGGCAAUGAUAUAAUCAGUGGUAAUACUAUGCCAAAUAUGUAUGGUAUUUCAUCUAAUGCAACUCCUACAUCCGUUGGUCCUACUACGUUCAAUGCGUCUUGUGCUCCAGUAACUCAUCACCAAGAAAGAGCUGCAUUGCAACAACAAUUACAGGAACUUUACUGUAUGCCACCAGCUCCAGAAAAUCAAGAAAAAAUAGUUUCUUUACAAGAAAAAUUACAAGCUUUACAGCAACAUGAAACAAAUGAUCAAUGUAAUGGCGGAGCACAAUGUAUCUUGCAAACUCCAAUGUUCACAGCAGCUGUUGUUGACAGUCCACAGGUAUCAAGUACUACCGGUCGUGGCCGUAGUAAAGGUACACCACGGACUAAAAAGAAUCGAAAAAAAGCAGAUAAAGAGGCUGCUGCCCCUCCAGCAAGUACACAAGCGCUCGUUCAACCGGAACAACCUUUGUCAGACAAUCAAGUGACACCGGGAGAUAGCAGUAAUAUUGUAGAUAGUGCUGCUGAUUCCGAAGAUAUGAAACCAUCGUCUGGUGAUAUGGAGGAAGAUUGGAAUAAGGGUAGAAAAUCGCGUCUCCCUCGUAAACCACGUAAACCAAAAGAACCUAAAGAACCGAAGGAGGCCAAGAUAAAAAAGGAACCAAAACCACCUAAGGAAGCUAAGCCUCCAAAAGGAGCAAGAAAAAGAAAUAAAGAUAAGGAUUCAACAAAACGUAAUAGAAAAAAAGUUAAUCAAUCUGAGUCAGCCGAUGACGAUACAGUACAAGAAACGGAAGAAACUGUAGUCGCAGAUUCGAGCGUGAUUAAAGAUGCAGAAGCAAAAUCUAAAGAUAUAUCAAAUCAAGAUGAUCAGGAACAAGUUGAUUCUUCAACGACCGAACCAUUGAUGGGUGAAACUAAAGAGGAGGACAAAGUGGAAUCAGAAAUUCCAGACGAUGAAAAGAAAGAACAAAAUGUCGAAGCAACAACGGAAACUACGACGACAUCUAGUAGUAAGAAAAAAGGAACAUCUCGAAAAAAAUCUUCUAGUAAAUCUUCUUCAGGAAAAUCUCCUAGAAGUUCUAAGAAACGGAAAAGCCGUAUUGCACCUGAUUCCGAUGGCGAAGAAUUAGCUGCGACGCCACCACCUUCACCGGAAGCUGGAGAUGACAAUAAAAGGCGUUCUGCGAGAAAUACUCAUCGUAAAAAAUAUGUCGACGAUGUCAUGCUUCGGUUUUCAGACGAUGAUGUUCCCCUUCAAGAGGCUCAUCUUUCUAAAAAGGCUGAAGGUACAAGUACAUCUAAACCUGCAGCUGUUAAGAAGGAUAACGAAGGUGGUGAAAUAGGACCAAACAAGCCUAAUUUUGUAUAUAUUAAUACGACUGAUGAAGAUUCUAUGGUUGUGCAACAUAUUUUAUGUUCCCGUAUGGGAAAGAGAGAAGUUAAGCCAGCAAUAUUACCCGAUAUAAAAUCAGAGACGACACCAGCAGAGACAAAUGAAAAUGUGACUGAAGAUGUCACGCCAUCUGAAACAAAUAAUACAACGGAAGAAAAGGAAGAUAAAGAAGCAGAAGAACCUGAGAAAGAACCAUUGGUAGAAAGUACGGAUAAUAAAGAAGAAAAUAAUGAAAAUGAUAAAGACGUAACAACGGAGACGUGUGAUGCUGAGAAUGAAACAAAGUCCGAUUCUGAUAAACAAGAAGAAAAAGUAGCGGAUUCUAAAACGUCAGAAAAUAAUAGUGUAGCAGAAGCAAAGCCACAGAUGAUAGAGAUCGAAGAAUAUUUUGUAAAAUAUAGAAAUUUUUCAUAUUUGCACUGUGAAUGGAGAACGGAAGAAGAGCUUUAUAAAGGUGACAAACGAAUCCAAGCUAAAUUAAAACGAUUUAAACAGCGACAACAACAAAAUACUAAUAUAUUUGAAAACACAGAGGAUGACCCAUUUAAUCCAGAUUUUGUCGAAGUUGAUAGAGUAUUGGACGAAGCAACUCAUACAGAUCCAACAAGCGGAGAAACUGUUAGACAUUUCUUAGUUAAAUGGCGUUCUUUACAAUACGAAGAUUCUACGUGGGAAUUAGAGGAAGACGUAGAUCCUGAAAAGAUAGCGCAAUUUAUGAAAUUUAAUAAAUUACCCUCAAAAGAUCAAUGGAAGCCAAAGAAAAAACCAAAUGCAUCAGCAUGGGUUAAACUAGAGGAGUCACCAAUUUAUAAAAGCAAUAAUAGUUUACGGCCAUAUCAAUUGGAGGGACUUAAUUGGCUUCUUUUUUCAUGGUAUAACGGACAUAAUUGUAUUCUUGCUGACGAGAUGGGUUUAGGAAAGACAAUUCAAUCAUUGACAUUCGUCGAUGCUGUGUACAAAUAUGGUAUUCGUGGUCCUUUCUUAAUAAUAGCUCCUUUGUCAACUAUUCCAAAUUGGCAAAGAGAAUUUGAAAGUUGGACUGACAUGAAUGUUGUAGUAUAUCAUGGAUCAGCAGCAAGUAGAACUAUGCUACAAGAAUACGAAGUUUAUUAUAAAAAUGAGAAAGGCCAGCAAAUAAAAGAUUUAAUUAAAUUUAAUGUCCUUAUAACAACUUUUGAAAUAAUCAUUACGGAUUUCAAUGAACUACGUGGAUACAAUUGGAGACUCUGUGUUAUUGAUGAAGCUCAUAGGCUGAAGAAUAGAAAUUGUAAACUUCUCGAAGGCCUUAGACAAUUGAAUUUAGAGCACAGAGUAUUGUUAUCUGGUACUCCUUUGCAAAAUAAUGUGAACGAACUAUUUUCUCUAUUGAAUUUCCUUGAACCAGUUCAAUUUUCUAGUAGUGAAGCGUUUCUUAAAGAAUUUGGAAAUUUGAGUAGUGAAGGUGAAGUUCAAAAGUUACAGCUUCUUUUAAAACCAAUGAUGUUACGUCGACUUAAAGAAGACGUCGAAAAGUCUUUGGCACCUAAGGAAGAAACUGUAGUAGAGGUGGAAUUAACCAAUAUACAGAAGAAGUAUUAUCGUGGCAUUUUAGAGAGAAAUUUCUCCUUUCUUGCCAAGGGUACUACAUCUGCUAACAUUCCAAAUUUAAUGAAUACGAUGAUGGAAUUAAGAAAAUGUUGUAUACAUCCAUUCCUUCUUAAUGGUGCUGAGGAUCAAAUACAAUUGGAUUAUAAGACUGGUGACAAGGAAGAUUCUGAGGCCUAUUAUCAUGCAUUAGUAAAUAGUUCUGGAAAAAUGGUUCUCAUUGAUAAAUUAUUGCCAAAAUUAAAGGCGAGCGGACAUCGAGUUUUAAUAUUUAGUCAAAUGGUGAAAUGUUUGGAUUUAUUAGAAGAUUAUUUAUUAUACAAGAAAUAUCCAUAUGAAAGGAUAGAUGGUCGAAUUAGAGGAAAUUUAAGACAAGCAGCUAUUGAUCGAUAUAGUAAACCUGAUUCAGAUAGAUUUGUUUUUCUACUUUGUACAAAAGCAGGUGGUCUUGGUAUCAAUCUUACUGCUGCAGAUACAGUUAUUAUAUAUGAUAGUGAUUGGAAUCCACAGAAUGAUUUACAAGCACAAGCUCGUUGUCAUAGAAUCGGUCAGCAGAAAAUGGUAAAGGUUUAUCGAUUACUUUGUCGAAACACAUAUGAAAGAGAAAUGUUCGACAAGGCUUCUUUAAAACUUGGAUUAGAUAAAGCCAUUCUGCAAUCAAUGAAUACGAGCCAAGGUGGAAAAGAUCCUAGUAACAAACAAUUGACAAAAAAAGAGAUAGAAGAUUUGUUAAAGAAAGGAGCGUACGGUGCUAUCAUGGAUGAUGAUAAUGCAGGAGAUAAAUUCUGUGAAGAAGAUAUUGAUCAGAUUCUUGAAAGAAGGACUCAAAUUAUAACGAUUGAAGCUGAAAAAGGAUCUACUUUUUCAAAAGCUAGCUUCGCAUGUUCCUCUAAUAGAUCGGAUAUUAAUAUCGACGAUCCAGACUUCUGGAAAAAAUGGGCUAAAAAAGCAGAGAUCGAUACUACUGAAAAGAAAGAGGAAGAUGAAUUAGUAAUUUCAGAACCUCGACGACGGACACAAAUUAAACGCUAUGGACAUGAUGAAUCCGUAGUUGACAUGUCAGAAUUAGACAGUUCUGAUGAUAAUAGUGAUGAUGAAACUAGUGGUGGAUUAACGGGCAGAGGUAAAAAGAGGAGAGAUAAAUUUGGCAAAAAAUCUCGUAAAUUUUAUGACGAAUACGUACCAAGAGAAGGAGAAGUAGUAUAUGGUAGUUGGGCAAGAAGCGAGUGUUUUAAAGUAGAACGUGGUCUUUUAACGUUUGGUUGGGGACGUUGGGAAGAAAUCUUGCAGCAUAGUCAAUUUCGUCGAGGGUGGCGCGAGGUUGACGUUGAAGAUUGCGCAAGAGUAAUCUUACUCUAUUGUCUUCGUUAUUAUCGUGGCGAUGAGAAAAUUCGUAGUUUUAUUUGGGAUCUCAUAACACCUUUGGAAAAUGGAGAAAAAGUUAAAAAUGUAUCCGUUAGUACUAAUGCAAGAAAUAGUAGACAAAAGAAAAAGGGUCGAGUCAGAGAAGGUAGAGAAACUCGAGGAUCUAUUAUCAAUGGUGGACCAAGUGAUCCUAAUCAUUGGAGCAACGCAGAAAAGUACGAUGGUGACAUAUUUUUGGAAAGUAACUAUAGGAAACAUUUAAGCCGACAUGCGAACAAAGUACUGUUACGUGUACGAAUGCUGUAUUAUAUUAAACAUGAAAUAAUUGGUGACUUGGUACAACAUAUUUCCGAUGGCGUCCAUGUCAGUGCUUUGCGGAUAAACCCUCCGCAGUUGACGGAACGACCAGCGAAAUGGUGGGACUCGACGGCAGACAAAUCCUUAAUAGUCGGCUGCUACAAACAUGGCUAUGAGAAUUACGACCAGAUGAGGAUUGAUCCCGCGCUUUCUUUCAUUUCAAGCUGUCCUCCCCCUUCUUCCCAGUCUCAGACUACUCAACAGAACAGCAGUAGCAGAGAUGAAAAUAGCUUAGAAAAUGAAACGGAAGACGGAGAAUGUUCCAUCGUUAAAGAUUCCAAAGAUUCGGAGAAGUUUACUCGAGAGACGCCGAUAGAUUCACCAGCUAUAUCUAGUAAAGCGGAUACACCUAUACCAGAAGCUAGUAGUAGCCAUGAUGGAAAUGAAGUUCUUUUAGAGGAUGAUAAAACUUGGCCAUCCGUUGUCGAUUUAAAUACACGAUUACGUCGUGUAAUUUCUUCGUACCAACGUAGUGUUACUAAUAAAAAGGAAGAUGUUAAAAUAUUACAAAAGAAUAAGCCUGGUAUAGAAGGUGAAACGACUACCAUUAAUCAUACAGGGACGACAAUCAAUGAACCGCCAUUGAAUAUGCAAGGGUGGGAUUUGCAACAAUUGGCUAUGUAUUUGCUGAAAAUGGAAAGGAGAGAGAAGAUGGAAGCGAUGGUAAAGGAACGAGAACGUACAAGAAUCGAAGAACAAAAAACUAAAUGGUCACGUCGCGAGGAAAGUGAAUUCUUACGCGUAGUAUCGACUUAUGGUGUCAAUUAUGAUAGAAAAAAGGCACAAUACGAUUGGACAAAAUUCAAGAGUAUUGCAAGGUUUGACAAAAAGACGGAUGCAGAUCUAACAGAUUAUUAUAUGUCGUUUAGAGCUAUGUGCAAGAAGGUCUGUAAUGCUAAACUGAACGAAGAAGAAGACUUUGCAGAUGUUCCGGUUGAUCAUUUGAGUCCUGCUAAAGCAAGACAGAUAUUGGAUCGAGUUGAUCUGUUAAGUAAAAUACGCGAAGAAAUUUUGUCUCAUCCUCAUUUAGAGGAACGUCUUUCAUUGUGUCAACCAUCGGGUGACACACCAGAAUGGUGGCAGCCUGGUAAACACGAUAAGGAAUUAUUGCUUGGUGCAGCGAAACAUGGUUUAGGGAGAACAGAUAUAACCAUUUUGAAUGAUCCUGAUUUCUCCUUUCAUAAGAUUUUAGGAAAAAGUACUUACAUAGGUACUGCGCAAACACCUAAACUUCCGGAAAAAUCAGAAAAGGCUAUUAAGAUAGAGAAUAGGGAAGACAUAUUGAAAUUCGAUAAAGAUGAAAUUCUUGUGAAAUUGGAAAAGGGUGAAGGAACUUUGAAGAUCGAGAAGAUAGGUGCUAAGAGAGAUACGAUAUCGACGGAAAAGAAAGGAGAUAAUCCAGAGAUAGAAAAGAGUCAAGUGGAAUUGACAAUAGUAAAAGCUGAGACGAAAGUUGAAGAGAAACCGGCUGCGCCGACGUCCUUGCCACUUCCGCCACCGCCUCCACCUAUCAGCAAUACGCUUACUAUUUCUACCGUAUCGAAAAGUACAUCAUUGGAAAAAGAAAAUACUAUUAAUAAGAUCAAAGUUGAAGAGAAAUCUGAACAGGCAUCGGACUCGACGAAAACUGACGUGACUAAUACUCCUGAUAAUUCUAUCGUUACUUCGAAAUCAACGGAGGAACCGAUGACUACCGAGGAAACUCCUCCGCCAGUUACAAAUGAGGAAACUCCUGUUAAUAAAACUGCCGUUGUUGACGCAGAAAAAUCUGAUGAACAAACUAAAGAAUUGUCAAUGGAAUUGUCCAAUACCGAUGAACAGCAGCAGCAACAGCAACAGCAACAGCAACAGCAACAGCAACAGCAACAACAACAACAACAACAACAACAACCAACGCAAGAUCUUCCCGUAACAGAAAGUAAUGAAAAACCUACUUCUGACAAUAAGGACAUCAAUACUGAAUCAACGGAGAAAAGUAUUGAUACCUUGGAUACAAUUGUCACUGAAGAUAUUAAACCGAACAUCGUAAAAACCGACAAUUCCACGACGACUAAAGAAGAAACUGAAAUAAUCGAAGACAAGGCUGCUGCGGAUGCUAAAGAAAAAACCAAAGUAUCUAAAAUCGAGGAUAAGUGUAGCGUCCAAGCUGCGGAACUUAAAGCAAUGUUUCCUGAUUUGGAAGUUAUACAACCUUUAUCGCGAUUAACCCAAAUCGAUACUUUCGUUCUACGAGAUAAAACGAUAGACUAUAAUGAGCCUACUAUUGUACAACUUUUAGCUCAUAGUUGUAAUAAUGCUUCUUUAAAAUGGCCGAAAGAACACGCAAUCGAAGCUCGUCUAAUGCAUAUUGUACAUGCAAUAGAACAUAAAGAAUGGCCUGUAUCAAUAAACUUUAGCGCGGGAGAGGAAUUGGAUACGACGUCGAAUGAAAAGGAUUGUUCAGAAGUGAUAACAAUAACGACAGAUCAUGGAGUGUCACGUUCACCAGCAACAGGAAAUAAUAUUUCUGCUAGUAAAAAGAGGAAAAGACAUAUUGCCAUAGAUGUUGAAACGGAACGAGCUAAACUUCAUGCGCUUCUCAAUAGUAGUCAAAUACAAUCUCAACCGCCGACACCUUUGAGCAAACCAACAAUCCUAUCGGGUUCGACUACUUGGGAAGUUAAUGAAGAAUCACAAUCUGAAGAUUCACGACGUUCAACACCGGUACAACCACCUCCGGCACAUCAACAAACGCGAACACCAACCAUACCGUUUGACUUGAAAUAUACUGUUCCUGGUAAAACAACAGUUAUACCAGGUACUUCGAGUACUUUAACGCCUAUUGAUUUAUCUGCUGGAUAUCCAAAAACAAGUUCCGAUAGCAAUAAAGAUAUUAUGAACGAAGUUCAGGACUUCUCAAUGCCUAAUAAAAAUAAGCAAAGCAAUAGCAAUAAAGGAAAGCUUGAUAGCAUGUUGGAUAAGUUAAUGAAAAGGAAAAAUUGUCCGACAGACGAACCUAUAGUUGGAAAGGAAAAGAAACGUCGGAAACUAGAUGAGAUAGUAUUAGGUUUGAGUGCUGCAAAGGAACAACAAAGCAGUCACUAUCCCGAACAUAGUAAAAAGAACACGAUUACACCCAACGUCACUGUCACUCCAACGUCAGCACCGAUUGGACUUCCUAAUCCUCCUGCAAAUACUCAAAAGCCAUUUUCUAUCACCGUCACAUCGAUUCCAUCGUCUCGAGCAUCGGGGACAUCUUCCAAUUUACCACCACCAUCGUUGCAUUCGCACAAGGAUAGCUUUUCUGCGUUGCUAGUUCAAGCCGAACAACAAAAUCGUGAACUCAAGAAACAGCAACAGCAGCAGCAGCAACAACAGCAGCAACAACAACAGCAACAUCAGCAGCAGCAGCAGCAACAGCAACAACAACAGCAACAACAACAGCAGCAGCAACAUCAAAGUCAUCAACAGCAAGCUUUCAAUUCGGCACACUCCUCUGCAAGUAGUCAUAGGAAAAGUUACGAAGCUAUGAUAGCUGAUAUCAAUAAAGUUGCUGAAUAUUCAUCGAAAAUUGGAUCAUAUUCUCACGAAGCAAAGGUGAACAAAUGGUUGGCUGAGCAAACUGCUAUGUCAGAGCAGUUAAAUGCCGAGUACUUAAACGCACCUAGACGACGAAGACCUCGGGUCGAUCCAUCUUUGUUAGAUUGGAAAAAAUUGACGGGUGAUGAGAACGUUGCCGUGAUAAAUCGUUUAACUGGAAAAAAGGUCACCGGUAGCAAAGCUCCUCAAUUGAAACGACUUGGACAAUGGCUGACCGAAAACCCGAUGUUUGACGUCGAUCCAAAGUGGGCCGAACUUGUGAAAGAGCGUGGUAAUCUGCCGCAUGAUCUGCAAAAGAGAUUACCUGGAUCCGAUAGAUCUAGCGUAAACAAAGGGAAGAGUCCUGGGAGACCACCAAUGAUGCCAAGUCCGACUAAUCAACAAUCGGCAAGCCAAGCGAAUUUAGCUGCUACGUCGAUGGCAUCCAGCUUAAAUUUCCCUUCGUUAGGCAAUCUUAAUAAUUCCCUUUUAUCUGGACUUUCACUCGGCAAUUUCGAUCCGAAAAAUAAUCCCCUUCUAAUGCCAUUUGGUGGCCUACCGAACCUAGGGGCACUAAGCGGUCUUAGCAAUCUUAGUAAUCUCAGCAACAUGAGUCUAACAAAUUCGUUAUUUGCAAAUCUUGCUGGACUUGGUUUGCCAUCGUUAGCGGGUAUGGAAGCUGCUUUAAGUGCAACUGCGACUAGUACGGCCGACACAAAUCCAGCGGUCAGUUCGGUUAGCAGCAAAAAUACUAGUUCAAGCAGUAUUAGUAAUACCGGUAAACCACGAAACAAAUUGGAAGCCCCCACGAGCAAAACGUCCGUGCCAUCGACUUCGUCGGCAUCGUCGGCGUUACCAACGACGACACCAUUCCCCUUCUUUUUUCCAAAUCCUAGUCUUCUGUACACGCCAUUAGGUUUAGGUGGUUUAAAUCCGUUCUCAAUGCAACCUGGUGGCGUAUCGUCGGCCUAUGAAAGUCUGGCACAGUGCGGCCUUUUAAAUCCGCCAACGUCAAGUGCCUCGACUGUACGGAAGCCUGCUUCGUCAGCGAGCAGUUCGAGACAACGAGAUACCAUUGUGGAUUCGUCGAGCAAACGAAAGGAUUCCGAGAAAAAGCCUAGAUAUCCCGUAGAUCCGGGUAUAACGUUACAACAAUAUACGGAUAUGGCAUUACAUACGGAAGAUAGGCGUCGUAUGGAACACGAAAAGAGAGAGGCUAUCGAGCAACAAAACGAUAUUACCGACGUGAACGAAAGAAGGCUCGAAAGGAAAAGUAAGGAACAAGAGAUGAAAGAGGCUUUGGAACAUUUGAGUCGAACGAGUGCAGAAUUGUUAACGAGGAAUCUCGAGGACGUGCAACAGCGAUGCAACGAAAAGAGAAGUCAUAGCAUAGAUCGUAAUCAGAACUCGGAUCAGCAACAAACGUCGACUCCGUUAGAGGUAACAUUAGAGCCUGUAGCUAAGAAAAUGCGAUCCGAGAUUGAGACGAUCGCGAAGCCUACUACGACAGUGACAAAUAACGAUACGCCAUCGGCCGACGUGGAACCGGUUGCUAGAUCAACAAGUACGACUAAGCAGCUUCCUCAAGAAGAUACUACGGCUGCUGCGGUCACUACGGAAACACCGUUGAACGCUAGCAAAAAGGAACCGACGAGUGAAGCUCCUCCAACGACGAUUACAAAUGUACCAUCUCCUUCGCAGCAAGCUUCGACUACGAAAGCAGACUUGAGUAAUAAGUCUCAUAUAGCGGAAAGCGAAGAGGAUGGUAAAGGUGGCGCUAAGGCUAAAAAAUCACGGAGUGGUAAGAGAUUAAGUAUCGAACCUCCGCCCGAACGAAAGAAUCUAAGGUCAAGUGCCGGUAGACAAGCAAGAGCGGCGGCCGAACGACAAGCGAGAUUGGAAUGUGAAUUACAGUCCGAACACCAACAACAACAGCAGCACCAUCAUCAAUCGCAGGAACAAUCGCAGCAACAAACCCAACAACAACAGGAUAGUCAUGUUGGAAACGAAUGAACUCGUGUGAUCGAUGUUAAUGCGAAUAAUAGUGAUUACAAUGCUAAUAAAUAACCGACACCUAUCGAGCUCGUCGUAAUUAUAUCUCGAUUUGUGAAACUAACUCGGUUAUUUCUAGCAGUUAGCUAACCAUUUGUCGUGGAUCGCUACGUUGGUGACUGUAUAAUGUGCAUCGUUGGGUAGAUUUUUCUUAUCCUUUCUUUUCUUUUUUUUUUUUUUCUUUUUUUCCUUUCUCUCUUUUUUUUUUUUUUUUUUUUAUGAACACAAGUGCGUUAAAAGGACUACAAACGUGUCGAGGUUGAACCUUUACAGGUAGCCUUUCAUCGUCGUUGUGAAAAUGAAGAAAAAGACAUAAUAUGAAUGAAAAGAAGUGGCAUCUUACAGGUGGGCAUAAAAAAAAGAACAGGUUGUUGUUGGUGUGAAUGUACGUUAAGAUACUUUGAAGUCGGGCGAUAGUAUUUUAUCACUCGAUACUUUGUGUGGUGAUUAACUUUUAAUUACGUAACAUUACAAUUUAAAGGAAACAAAAUAAAUAAAUAAAUAAAUAAAUAAACAAAUAAACAAAUAAACAAACAAACAAGUAUAAUUUUGUUAAAUUUAAUAUCUUUUACGAUCUUAUCAGUUUUGACCACAGGGACUGUUUUAUAUAACUGCUAUCACUUUAUUGUGCACUAGCCCCUCAUUGUGCGUGCUAUAAUGUCGGGCAUAACACGAUAUAAUAAUAUAACCAUAACGUAGGAAAGUAAUUAUUAAUUUAAUAAAUAAAUAAAUAAAUAAACAAAAAGGAAAAAAAGAAAAUGUAAAUAUUAUAUACAUUAUGCCUAUAGCUCAUAAGCAACUGUGUACUUGGAGAAGUGUAUAUAAUAACGCAAUGUACUUUUAAUUACAUUAGAUGAAAUAAUAAACAGCUUCUUUUGUUGUUUGCAAAUGCCAAGCGCCAAGACUUCCAUUUUAUUUAGUGUAUUGACCUCGAUCAGAAGAAAUUGGUAGCUUGCAGCAUCCAUGUUCGAUAUUCGAUUUUGUAACAACCGUCACAGCAUCAUGACACGUAACGAUAUUUCGUUCUUUAUUAUAUUAACUACAUUGUCAUAUAUAUAAAAAAAAAAUUAUAAGUUCAGUAUUGAAAAUGUUAACAUUAUUACUCUGUAUUUUGUAUCGUGUACAUUGUAUCAAAGUAUAUAUGCAAUAAUUAAUUUAAAGUCAUUAUUCGUA